AUGUGUCUGCGGAUCUAUGUCAACUUAUUGUUACUCACAGUUAUUACGACAGCGGUAAGUUUUGUGAAAUACGUUGGGGUUUUCGUAUGAUAUUUAUAUGACUACAUAUAAAUGAUGACUAUGUUUUUUAACGUUUAAAAUUUAAAAAAAAUUAAUUUAUAACUUUUCUUCGCCUUAGCCCUAGCCUUAGCUUUGGCCUUAGCUUGAGCCUGAGCUUGAUCCUUAGCCUGAGCCUCAAUGUUAGCUUUAGCCCUAGUGUUAGAAGCCAUAGCCUUUGUAUGCUUUUACAACCUUAUCCUAGCCUUUCCCUAGCCCACCUCUAACAUUAUGUUGACCCUAAUCUAGCUCUACUCUAACAUGGUAGUACGUAUGCUUAUCCUAUCCCUACCAUAGCCUUACCUUAGCUCGCUACUAAAGUUUUUUAUCCCUAUCCUAGCCUUUCUCUACCAUUACUCUGACCCUACCCUAUCCUUACUUCUAGCCUUGCCCUAGCUCUCAUUUAGCCCUACACUAGCGUUGGGUAUAGCCUUAUCCCAGCUCUAUUCUAGCCCUGCCUCUAGCCCAACCCUACCUUCCAUAACUCAUAGCAGUUUACUAUUUAUAUCCACAACUCCUAACUUUUACCACAAAUUUCAGUGUAAUAUAUAUAACUAAUCGCAGUAACUUUUUAUGCGGAAGCGCUUAACUUGAUUUAUGCUUUAUCACUAUUGUGACAAAACUGUAAACAAAAAUAACAUAACACGUGCUUAGACAGUAUAAUUACAGGAACUUAUACCAAAUACGAUACUCAACAAACGGCAGGCCAAAGUAGAAAUUAAAAAAGUAGGUUAUCAUUACUAAUAAAAUAUAUGUUUUUGUCUAAUUUUGCUUUUUUUAAUUUUAUGUUUUGAAAUUUUGACGUUUAAAAACUUUUCUAAUGUCUAUGGUAACAUUUUACAUUGUUGUCAUGUACAUUAUGUUUUAUAUUGUUAUUACUAGUUCUUAAAAGUUCAAAUACCACAGAGUUAAUUUAUGUACUCUUACGAGAUUUCCUGUAACUCAUUGGCUACUUUUCGACAUUCCCUAAUUUAUGACACAUUUAGUUGUAUUUCAAAAACAAAUUUCGAAAUAAUGAAGACUUUUAAUGCUUUUACAUAGUAAUUGAAGAGCUACAGUCUGUCGGGACCACCUAUCAGGCUUCCUUUGGUUCUAGAAUGAUCUACAUGACAUAUAUUCUGUCUAUUUCGAAAAUCAUAGGUAUGACAUUGCUUAUCACUGCCUUGCCUUGCCCUGCCCUUGUCAUGCCUUGCACUGCUUUUGACCCCUCCUUUCUUGCUCUGUCUUGCCUUUUAACCCGCCCAGUGCACAAGCUUCGCGCUUGUUUACCUUAUCGUAUAGCCUGUUUUACAAACAAAACUUAUUUAUAAUAUUUUUUGAGAAGUUCAAAAACCAUAAUAUUGACCUUUUAUACAAUUUCUCGCAAUGCCACUUUAUACCUCAUACUAAUCUUUGAAUUCAAAAAUUUUAUUCCGUUUACAUAGCUAGACCAUUUUUGAAUUUGCUAAGACUUCCUUAAAGUUUUACAGAAGCCUUUCACACAUUUUUCGAAUCAUCUUUCAUAUAUACGGAAGACUUUACAUGACUUUUUGGAAUAUUAUAAGGUUGCUUUUGCUAUAAUUGUACUAUAACAUCUGUUCAAAUUGUAGGGAUAAAUAGGGUCUUCAAAACCUGCUGUAUCCCUAGCCCUACUCUACCCUACUCUGCCCUACCCUACCCUACCCUUAUGUACCAUUCCUUUCUUAAACAUACUUAUAGUGCUAAACAACUGAUUUUUUCUGAACAAUCGGAAACUUCUUUUUCUUAUUUCGAGUCUGACUUUACUGCACAGUAAGUGACAAAGCAGUACUGAUUUAGAUACUAACAAAAUGGUAUUAAUUAGAAUACUAAGCUUAAAAACCUUCUUCUCUUUUCUGUUUUUAUUGUUAGUACGUUUUUAUUCUUCAUCUACAACAAAAAACACAACUUUAGUGCUUCUUAUGUUUUUUAUAUGAUGUUACUGAUUACAUUACAGUAUUCUCUGUUGUUUGUUUUGCAAAUACUGUGAACAUUGUUUUUGCAUUCCUAAAAUAACCAUAAGGCUUCGUAAGGUUUUACACUGUAAUAUUGAUUGACAUCUUAUUUAAUAUAACAUGUAGAUUACAUAGUAACUUUAGAAAGUAAUUACAUUAUAAUUUUUAAACUUAUGCAUAAUUUUUAACAGAUUUAAAAUUCAAACCAAACUUACUAUUAAUAAAAUAACUGAGUAAUUACUAUUUGCAUACCUAUAUUACUCAUUUACAUAUUUACAUUACCCUUUAACUAUGCAAAUAGUAAUUAUAUUACUCAGCAUUUCAAAUGUUUCUGUACGGUAGUUUCUACAUAAUAUAUAAGUUAUAGCGCAUAUUACUCAUGGUGAAUUGCUAAGUGGGCAAAGAAUAGUUUAGAAAGACUAGUCGUGGCUCUAAUUUAACAAUAAGGAUACAAAAUACAGUAUCAAUAGCUAAGCUACGGUAAAAGUAAGAUUAGUAUAUGUAAAGGCUAAGGCUAGGUAUACAUACAGCUCUAGCUAUAGCUAAAAACUUUCAAAAUUUGCAAAUUUCGAAAAAAAACUACAGUAACCCAGCGUCAUUUUCCAUAUAAAUCAUGUCAUGUUUGCCCUAAUAUAAUGGGUAAACAGCCAUAUAUUAACAUUCUCUUUAAUCGCUCGCUUAUUCAGCAUUAACAUUUGCAGGUAUUAAUAUUAACUUGUUGAAACAAUUUUUUCAAAUUUUGCUUUUUUGUCUAACCUCUCUUCGUUUUUCAUUGUCUUUCGUGACAGAUUAAAAAAAGCUUUUUAAGUUUGGCAUAAAGGCAUUUUUAGGCAAUAUUAGGCUUGUCUUCAAUUAAAAUUAGCAAUUUUCUUUGAAAAAUUCCGAAAAAAAAUUUUUAACCUUUCAAAAAUUCAUUAUUAACUUAUUUUUAAACCUAAAUGUAUGAAACCCUAGACACCCAAUCUAGAGGGAAUUAGCUAUAGUUGUGCCAAAAUUCAAGAUCCUCACUUUUAAAACAGCAAAGGUGUGACUUUUUAAAGUUCCAAUACCUAUAUUUCUAUAUAAAAAAAUGAAAAUUAGCUUAAAAACGUGCAAAAAACCAUUCUAAUUAGCAUCUUCGUUACUCUACAUUAACAUAUACACUUCCUUUACUAAUCUAUAAAACUAAUAAUUCACUUCUUAUUUUAUCAUAUGCAACUAAUUAUCAUCCUUAAUGUAAAAUCAUCAUCCUCAAUAUAAAGCUAUCAUCUCCAAUAUAAAACCAUUACCUUUAAAAACAUAAAAUUACCAGCCUUAAUAUCCAUUCCUUGCUUCAGGACAACAUGGGAUACUCGGACGAGAUGUUCAACAUUGACACGCUGGCCGGCAUUGGCUUGGGCAAACGGUCCAGUCCGUCACCGCGACACCACAACAAACCGCACUACAUCCUGAUCGAUGUGGACGAUUUACAGGAAAGGCUCAAUUAUCGACCGAAAUUCAGUCGUUUUCACCAGAUUAACUUAUAA